AUGGCCUCUCUAUUGUGUAUUCCGCAUUUUCCUUCAGAUUUAUUGGACUGUAGUGCGCCAGACGUGAUGGACCCAAGUGCACCAGGCGUGACAAAACAAGUCAUGCUGGAUUGGCUACGAAUCAACUAUCCCAAAUCACCAGUCUCGUCAGGCCUCAAAAAAGGCGAAGUGGAAGUGAUAAUGCGGAAAAAACAGCCUGAGUGUAAAGUAUUCCCGGAUCCAACAAGCAGCCGAGCAUUGAAUUUUCAGGGAAUCAGUGGUUCAGACGGACCAGCUCAAGCUAUAGAUAUUCCGCCAAUUCCGUCCCGAACGGGUGCUUUGCAAGUAAAGGCGCAACGAAAGCGGGAUGCUUCCCCCACCUCAAGUACAAAACCUACUAAGCGCACUAACUUGGAUCAAUUCUCCACCCUGGGCCGUGUCAACUCUUUAUUAGGCAAUGAUGUAUCAGUCCAUGAAAUUCCCAGCCUAUCCAAAAAUAAAAAAGAAAAGAAGCAGCAGCAAAUAUCGAAGAAGUUUCCUUUUCUUGAACCAGGAAAAUCUUCGCAUUUGGCCCUACGUAAACCAGCACUAAGAAUACAAGAGCCGGGUAUAAAUUUAAUGGAGAGAGAUGAAAAGCGAGAUCUCAAAGCACUGCAAAAUUACAAAGUUGCACCUAUUGAUGGAUCAACAAAUCCCAGUGUGAAAGUUUCCAGCUCACCUGACCCCGAAAAACACAAUAUCAUCCCUCCUGAGGUGUCCAAGAUGGAUGAUCUCAUUGAUUUCUCAGACGUGGAUUUGCUUUCCGUUGACGAUUUAGAAAUCCAGCAAAAAGCCCCAUCACACUCGUCAUCGACUUCAAUCUACAAGUCGGGAGUAGAUAUAUUCUUGGAGGAAAGACUUCAAGUCGAAAAAGCAGUACAUAUCCUUGAAGAAUCAGUCUCCAAGAUCUUGAUUCGUAUCAAUGCCAUUGAGAAACAGUCAAAUGCUUACAUUGUGCAGCAUGAAAAGGACCAGUAUGAAUUAGGCCACUCGCUUGAAGUAAACACCAAUCGCGUUGAAAAGCAAGAAAUGACUAUCAACACCCUCAAAGACUCAGUUACAAACUUGAAGAAACAACUGGACCUCCUCCAUCAGCAGUGCGAAACAGCAGAACAAGAAAUUCAAACACAUGAGCGGUGCAUCAUACAGCUGAUGGAACACGACAACAAUAACAAGGAAUCGGACACAGAAGUGAUGAACAAUGAAUCUGCAGCUGAUGAUAGUGAUUAA